CGGGUCUAAUUCAUAGAAAUAAAAAAAUAGUAUGACCGUGUUGGAUGAGUUCUUGAACUGAUGCCAAUUUACCAGUAGAUCUUAAUUAGUGCUUACAAUUCCAAUUUGGUAACCACAUUUUGUAUCAUUGUUAGUUAAUUAAGAUGAGAACCAAUGAAAGGAACGACACCAUAUGGGUACCUUAGAGAAAAGACAUCAGAGGGGAAUCUUAUGUCUCUGAUGCUCAUAGUGUGUGAACAACAUUGAUUGUUAAGAAUUAAGGAUAUAUCAUUGAAAGGGCAUGAUAACAUACUUUUGAAUGUUAAUUUAGAAUAAUGAGAAAAGUUUUCAAAUUGGAAAGCUAGAUUGGGUUUAAUUUUUCAUGAAACCAUGGGAGAUUAGAAUUUAGAUGCAAACAAUCAGUUUUAGUUCAUUAUUAUACCCCGCAUUUUUACUCCUGCAUUUUUAUAGAGCAACCGUAUUAAGCACGUAUCGUAUCAUUGCCGUACAUAUUUUAUUGUGUCGAAUUUUUGAAAAGUAUUAUUGCCGUACAUAUCUAUCCCCGUACCAUUGCCGUUCCCGAACUUACUAUGGUUCAGGAGGGGAGCUGGAUUAUCGAUUUCAAACGAUGUUUUUUGUCUACCAGCAUCCCACAUUAUAACUUUCAUGUAAUUUAGUUUGUAGAUCUUUGAUUGUGUCUUUUUCUUCUUCUUUGUGCAGAAAACUUUGAAUUUCUUCUGGGUUUGCGAUUUGGUGUGAGCAGAAGGUAGAAUGAGCACGGAGGCACCAACACCGACAGUUCGUCAGAAGCUGGUGACGUUGAAUAAGGCAUUUCAAUUAGCUGAGUCAUGGGUUAAUGACAUGAGUGGAUCAGCAGCGGAUGAUUCAACUGAAGUAGAAUUUGAGGGCCGGCCCCUGAGGCUAGGACUAGGGGCGAAAGUAGUACAUCAAUCGAAAACCAGAGCUUUAACUGAUCCUGUUGAAAGAAAAUUACGUGCCAAGUUGGAUGCUGGAAAAAGAAAAGCUGCCCAAAGCAUAGAAGAAUCCAAUCUAUCUGAGCAAAAUGAUAAAGUUGGAGAGGAUGAUAGUGAAGAUGAGGAUUCAGAGAGCAGAACCAAUGCCUUUCCAAAGAAGAGAUCGAUCCUCCCUGCCUCUUUGCAUGAUAAAAAGAGACAUAAGUAACCGGCUGUUACUUCUUCAGAUGCUUUUCUUAGUUUUCCAUUAUGUUCUCUGGGUCUUGCUAUAAGUAAUGUUUUGCACAAAGGGGUGUUUCUUUUUGGUAUCUGUGGCUUAUCUUGCUAAGGUAUUUUAUGAAUCUCUGACAGUAGACAACUUUGCAAUUGUACAGUUUCUUUGGCUCCGUUUGUUUCCAUGUAAAAAAUGGAAAAGGAAAAAAUUCUGUAAAAUUAGGGUUA